UGAAUGAAAUUGUAAUAAUUACCAUUAUUGUAAUUUCGAUUUUUAACUACGAAUACCUUUAAGUUACGAAAAGAACUUAAUUACUAGUUCAAGGAAGAAUAGAAUUAAAAACGAUUAAGGAUAAUGGAGGAAGUUCAGCGACAUUCGGUGCACACCCUGGUAUUUCGAUCCCUUAAGAGAACACACGAUUUCUUCGUUGCCAACCAUGCCUUGCUGCCGGAAAUCGAUGAGAAGCUUGAAAAAAUGAAAUACUCCAUUAAAGCACGGGACACUUACGGAUUGGUGUUUGAUCGUACCGCCAAAGCUAAAACAAUCGCAGCCAAACGCGCCGAGCAUGGACGACUCGAAGAUGGUCCCAAUGGACAGGCUCAAGACAUGCUAGCAAUUACGUCUGGAAACGAAAACGAAAGUUCAGCCAAUCCUACAAAUUCUCUCCUUCCGAUGUCUAACAGCUCAAGUGGACCAAACACUACAUCCGGUGCUGUGCAGAUCCUGCCGAAAAAGGCACCGACCAUCCCCAAACCGAAGUGGCAUGCCCCCUGGAAACUCUAUCGUGUCAUUUCCGGUCAUUUGGGUUGGGUACGCUGUGUAGCGGUUGAACCGGGCAAUGAAUGGUUCGCAACCGGAGCCGCAGAUCGGGUUAUCAAAGUUUGGGAUCUGGCUAGCGGCAAGCUAAAACUUUCACUGACCGGUCACGUUAGCACAGUUCGGGGUCUGUGCGUCAGUCCUCGACAUCCAUACCUGUUCAGCUGCGGUGAAGAUCGGCAGGUCAAAUGUUGGGAUCUUGAGUACAACAAAGUAAUCCGACACUAUCACGGUCAUUUGUCGGCUGUUUACACCAUGGCCCUGCAUCCUACCAUCGAUGUUCUGGUAUCGGCUGGCCGUGAUUCGACGGCUCGCGUUUGGGACAUGCGAACUAAGGCCAAUAUCCACACAUUGAGCGGCCACACCAAUACCGUGGCCAGUGUCGUAUGUCAGGCAGCGAAUCCUCAGGUCAUUACCGGUAGUCACGAUUCUACCGUUCGGCUUUGGGAUCUAGCUGCCGGGAAAAGUAUGGGCACUCUUACGAACCACAAAAAGAGCGUCCGUAGCAUUGUUCUGCACCCUUCCCUGUACAUGUUCGCUUCGGCUUCGCCCGACAACAUCAAACAGUGGCGCUGUCCAGAGGGAAACUUCAUCCAAAAUCUGAACGGGCACAACGCCAUCGUCAACUGUAUGGCCGUCAAUCCGGAAGGUGUACUGGUUUCCGGUGGAGACAAUGCCACCAUGUUUUUCUGGGAUUGGCGCACCGGAUACAAUUUCCAGCGAUUCCAGGCUCCCGUUCAGCCGGGUUCGAUGGACAGCGAAGCGGGUAUAUUUUCCAUGACAUUCGACAUGUCCGGAUCCCGGCUCAUUACAACCGAAGCGGAUAAAACGAUUAAAAUCUAUCGAGAGGACGACGAAGCUUCGGAAGAAUCGCAUCCGGUAAAUUGGCGCCCGGAAAUAAUUAAGCGAAGAAAAUACUAAGCAAAUUUAAAAAUUCAAGUUUUUCUUUUCUCUAUUAAUACAUU